AUGAGCGAAUAUUCCACAACAUGCGUGCCUGGGCCGACUGUAAGCGCCACAGAUGUCGAUAAUGACGCGUUUAUAGAGGAGGUAGUCGACAUACUUGAUGGCUACGAGUAUGUCGUAGUCGGCUCAGGGGCCGGCGGUGGACCUUUGGCCGCGAAUCUCGCCCGGAACGGCCAUAAAGUUCUCCUGCUCGAAGCAGGGGAUGAUCAGGGAUCCAACAUCCACCAGCAGGUCCCAGGCUUUCAUUUCUUGUCCACAGAGGACGUAAAGAUGCGCUGGGACUAUUUCGUCAAACAUUAUGCGGACGAGACCCUUGCGCAGCAAGAUUCUAAAAUGACUUGGGAGACAACCACUGCAGAAUUAUAUGUCGGAUCGAAUCCACCAAGCGGAUCGAAGCCGAAAGGCAUCCUUUACCCGCGCGCAGGAACGCUUGGUGGCUGUACGGCACACAAUGCUCUGAUAACCAUAUAUCCGCACGAGAGUGAUUGGUCAAACAUCGUCAAUCUCACCGGCGACACUUCGUGGGACCCGAAGAAUAUGCGCAAGUAUUUCAGGCGCCUGGAGCACUGCGAGUAUCUCCCACAUGGUACCUUUGGUCACGGCUUCACCGGUUGGCUAAAUACGAACCGCCCUGAUCUGGAGUCGAUCCUGCGGGAUUCUAAGAUUUUUUCUAUUAUCACUGCUGCUGCUACUGCCAUGGGAAAUACUGUCUUCGGCCUAAUCCCCGAAAAAGUUGCCCAACUACUUGGACUCCUGCAGCGGGACGUUAAUUCCAGUGAUCCUCAUCGAGAUGAAACUGAAAGCAUCUAUCAUAUACCCCUGGCCAUGGGUCAGGCAAAGCGAAGCGGCACUCGGGACUUUAUAAUUGAUACGGCUAAUAAGUACCCACUGCAUAUUAGGACAGGCUGCCUCGCUACACGUGUGCUUUUCGAGGAGAAUUCUGUCAGUGAGAACGCGCCCAAGGCAAUUGGUGUCGAGUUCCUCGAAGGCAGCAGUCUGUACAAGGCCGAUCCCCGGUCAAUUUCAUCCACCGGUGCUACCAAGCACCGCGUUCUCGUCUCUCGAGAGGUCAUCCUUGCGGCGGGAGCAUUUAACACACCGCAGCUCCUCAAGUUGAGCGGCGUUGGCCCGAAGGAAGAGUUAGAAAGGUUUGGGAUUUCUGUUGUGAAAGAUAUGCAGGGCGUUGGCACCAAUCUUCAGGACCGCUACGAGGUUCCCGUUGUCAGCAAAGUAAGGGAUGACUUCCAGACCAUAGCAGAAUGCACGUUCGGCAAACCUGGGGACCCAGCUCUACAAGAGUGGAAGCACCAGUGUGGACCCUAUCUAUCAAAUGGACUUAAUAUCGGCAUGUCGAAGAAGUCAAAAUAUGCUGAUGGGGACCCUGAUCUCUUCAUCUUCGGCGGCCCUACCUUGUUCGAGGGCUACUAUCCUGGGCAUUCUGAACGCGCCACCUUCGACAAGAAACAUUUCACGUGGGCCGUACUGAAGGCUCACACGCGUAACUGUGAGGGAACUGUCAGCCUCGGCUCAGCAGAUCCUCGGGACGUGCCUGAUAUCAAUUUCAAUUAUUUUGGCACGAGUGUGGCCGCGACAGAGGCAUCCGAGCGGGACAUUGACGCCAUUGUCGAAGGCGUUGGAUUCGCGCGCGGUAUCAUGGACAACAUCGCACUGUCCGAUAAUGAGUCUCCUGAAGAGCAGUCACCUGGUUAUGAAGUCUCUUCUGUAGAGCAGGUGAAGCAGUUUAUCAGAAAUGAGGCGUGGGGCCAUCAUGCUUCAUGUACCUGCCCUAUAGGGUCGGAUGGGGACCCAAAAGCUGUUCUUGAUUCCCGCUUUCGUGUCCGCGGCGUAAAAAACUUGCGAGUAGUUGAUGCAUCUGUCUUCCCGCGCAUUCCUGGAUUCUUUAUUGUCCUACCGAUUUACAUGGUCAGCGAGAAGGCGACUGAUGUCAUUCUUGAGGACAUUAGCGAGUCCCGCCAUGUCUGA